AUUGCUUAUAGCAUCCAUUGCAAGGAACAGCACGCAACAGGCACUCACAGUGGAGCAGCGUUGUAGUUACCAGCGGACGGUUUAAACAUUGUUUUAACAGAUUUUAAAGCAGUUUUAUCUAUUUUAUCUCACGCUUUUAGCUAGCUGUUUACCAUGCCAUCCAGGACUUCCAUGUCUCUGCCAGAGGAUGUCAGGAAAAGGCUGCAGGUGCUGGAUGAGGAUGGGAUUUCAGACGAGGAUAAUGUGAAAGAGAAGCUGAAGUUGGUGCAGGACUUUCUGCAUGUAGAUGCUCAGGACCAGCUGUCCAGCCUGGAAGAAAAGAAGAAAAAUUCAGAGAUCUCAAUGGAGGUCUACAUCUCUAAAGUAAAGACUUUGCUUGGAAAAGAGCUUCAUCUUGAAAAUGGUUCACAUGUUGAUGGUGUGGAGCAGAAUGGAAAGACUGGCUUCAUAAAUGGUUCCCACAAAGAUAAGAACAGUGAAGAUGUAACCAUGGAUGUACAGGAGGAAGAGGAGGCUGUCAAGUCACCAACUGCUUCCAAAGGGAAGGGUGGACGCAAGAGCAAGGCAAAUUCUGACCCUAAAAAGUCUCCAGCCAGUACCAGGGUUACAAGAAAUGCUGGAAAACAGCCAACCAUCAUGUCAAUGUUCUCUAAAGUUCAAAAGCGCAAGUCUGAAGACUUGAAUGGAGAAGCUACUAAUGGACAAAAUGAAGUGAAGGAAGAUGAUGUUGAGGAGUCUCGGGAGGAAAAGCGUCUUAAAGUGGAAUCAGAUGAAAGUACAACUCCAGAGAAAUCGAGUGAGAUCACUAAACCGGUUUCUGCUGUAAAGACACCACCCCUCAAAUGUACAGACUGCAGACAAUACUUGGAUGACUCUGAUCUCAAAUUCUUUCAAGGGGAUCCUGAUAAUGCGCUGGAUGAACCAGAAAUGUUAACCGAUGAGCGUCUCUCCCUGUUUGACUCGAAUGAGGAUGGAUUUGAGAGCUAUGAGGAUCUGCCUCAGCACAAGAUUACAAACUUCAGCGUGUAUGACAAGCGUGGCCACCUUUGUCCAUUUGACUCUGGACUGAUUGAGAAGAACGUGGAGCUCUAUUUCAGCUGUGUUGUGAAACCAAUCUAUGAUGACAACCCUUGCUUGGAUGGUGGUGUUCCUGCCAAGAAGCUUGGGCCCAUUAAUGCCUGGUGGAUCACUGGUUUUGAUGGUGGAGAAAAGGCUUUAAUUGGUUUCACUACAGCUUUUGCCGAUUACAUCCUGAUGCAGUCCAGCGAGGAAUAUGCACCCAUUUUUGCAGUAAUGCAGGAGAAGAUCUAUAUGAGCAAGAUUGUGGUGGAGUAUCUCCAGAAGAAUCCUGAUUCUAGUUAUGAGGACCUUCUCAACAAGAUUGAGACAACCGUGCCUCCUGCAGGGCUAAACUUCAACUGCUUCACCGAGGACACACUGCUGCGCCAUGCCCAGUUUGUGGUGGAGCAGGUGGAGAGCUACGAUGAGGCCGGUGACUCAGAUGAGCAGCCCAUCAUUGUUACUCCCUGCAUGAGAGACCUGAUCAAGCUUGCAGGCGUCACACUAGGGAAAAGCAUGCUGCUGUACUGGAGAGCUGCCAGAAGACAGGCCAUUCGUCACCCAACAAAGAUUGAGAAGGACAAGGGACCAACUAAAGCGACCACUACCACACUGGUCUACCAGAUCUUUGAUACCUUUUUCUCUGAUCAGAUAGAGCAGAAUGAUAAAGAGAGUGGUGCGGCCAAAAGGCAGCGCUGUGGUGUCUGUGAGGUUUGCCAAUCACCUGAUUGUGGCAAGUGUGCAGCUUGCAAGGACAUGAUCAAAUUUGGGGGAAGUGGCAAAAGCAAGCAGGCUUGCAAGCAGAGAAGAUGCCCAAACCUUGCUGUAAAGGAGGCUGAAGAUGAUGAGAUUGUUGAAGAGGAAGAUGUUCCAGUGGAGAAGCCCAAAAAGCUUUCUCAUGCUAAGAGGAAGAAGCAGGCACAGUGCAAACUGACAUGGAUCGGAGAGCCUGUUCAGACUGAGGGGAAGAAGCAGUACUACGGCAAGGUCCGUGUGAAUGAUGAAGUGCUAGAGGUGGGCGACUGUGUAUCGGUUUCCUCAGAGGAUCCAACCAUGCCUCUGUUUCUGGCGAGGAUCACAUCACUGUGGGAAGACAACAAUGGAAAGAUGUUCCAUGCCCACUGGUUCCUUCGUGGUGCUUACACAGUGCUGGGCGAGUCUUCUGAUCCGCUGGAGCUCGUCCUUGUGGAUGAGUGUGAAGACAUGCAGCUCAAUUAUGUGCAAGGCAAAGUUGACGUCAUGUAUAAGGCCCCAUCUGACAACUGGUUUAUGGAGGGGGGCAUGGAUUCAGAAAUCAAGGUGAUUGAGGAUGACGGGAAGAGUUUUUUCUAUCAGUUCUGGUACGACACAGAAUAUGCCCGCUUUGAGACACCUCCCAAGACCACUCCAUUAGAAGAGAGCAAGUUUAAGUUCUGUUGCAGCUGUGCUAGGACCAAAGCGAGAGAGGAACAGGAAAUGCCUCGUGCAUUUGAACCUCUAUUGGACAAAGACCAUGACUCCAAGGUUCUGUAUGCGCUGGCCCGUUUUAAGGGGGAGCAGUUCAAGGUGGGAGACAGUGUCUACCUGCAUCCUGACACUUUUAAUUUCAGUGUGAAGCCAGCUAGUCCAGUGAAGCGCUCUCAUCGGAAAGAGGAUGUGGAUGAAGACUUGUAUCCAGAAUAUUACAGGAAGUCUUCAGACUAUAUCAAGGGGUCUAACCUGCAUGCUCCAGAACCCUUCCGCAUCGGGCGCAUCAAGGAGAUCUUCUGUCACAGACGUAGCAACGGAAAACCCGACGUGUCAGAGGUCAAACUGCGACUCUGCAAGUUCUACAGGCCUGAGAACACUCACAAAGGUGUCAAAGCCAGUUACCACACAGACAUCAAUCAGCUAUACUGGAGUGAUGAAGAAGUGACUGUCAGCAUGACUGAGGUGCUUGGCCGCUGUCAAGUAGAAUAUGCAGAAGACCUAAAUGAAUCAGUCCAGGACUAUUCCAGUGGUGGACCUGACCGCUUCUAUUUCCUGGAGGCCUAUAAUGCAAAAUCCAAAAGCUUUGAAGACCCUCCUAAUCAUGCUCGCUCUGCUGUUCAUAAAGGCAAAGGAAAGGGCAAAGGGAAAGGUAAAGGCAAAGGGAAGGCUGCACAGGAACCACAGGACUCUCAGAAUGAACCACAGACACUUAAAGUGCCCAAAUAUCGCACACUGGAUGUGUUCUCUGGCUGCGGUGGGCUUUCUGAAGGCUUCCACCAGGCUGGUAUAUCUGAGACUCUGUGGGCCAUAGAGAUGUGGGAGCCUGCAGCACAGGCCUUUAGGCUCAACAACCCUGGCACCACAGUGUUCACGGAGGACUGCAACGUCUUGCUGAAGUUGGUCAUGUCUGGAGAGAAGACAAAUUCUCUGGGCCAGAGGCUUCCUCAGAAGGGUGAUGUAGAGAUGCUGUGUGGAGGACCUCCUUGCCAAGGGUUCAGUGGGAUGAACCGCUUCAACUCUCGCACUUAUUCCAAAUUCAAGAACUCACUCGUGGUCUCCUAUCUCAGUUACUGUGACUACUACAGACCCAAGUUUUUCCUGCUUGAGAAUGUGAGGAACUUUGUUUCAUUCAAAAGCUCCAUGGUUCUGAAGCUGACUCUACGCUGUCUUGUGCGCAUGGGCUACCAGUGUACCUUUGGUGUCCUUCAGGCUGGUCAGUAUGGUGUUGCCCAGACCCGCCGCAGGGCAAUCAUCCUGGCUGCUGCUCCUGGAGAGAAGCUGCCUCGCUACCCGGAGCCUCUGCAUGUGUUUGCUCCCAGAGCUUGUUCUCUGAACGUGGUGGUUGACGAAAAGAAAUACGUCAGUAAUGUCACACGAGGUAAUGGAGGAAUCUACAGAACCAUCACUGUCAGGGACACAAUGUCUGACCUGCCAGAGAUUCGCAAUGGUGCAGCUGCGUUGGAGAUUUCCUACAACGGGGAGCCUCAGUCUUGGUUCCAGAGGCAGAUCAGAGGCACACAGUAUCAGCCAAUCCUCAGAGAUCAUAUAUGCAAGGACAUGAGUGCUCUGGUUGAAGGUCGGAUGCGUCACAUCCCCUUGGCUCCAGGCUCCGACUGGAGGGAUCUGCCCAACAUUGAAGUUCGGCUGAAAGAUGGCACCAUGACAAAGAAGCUGCGUUACUCACACCCUGAUAAAAAGAGUGGUCGCAGUGGCACCGGUGCACUCAGAGGUGUUUGCACUUGUGCAGGAGGGAAUCCAUGCGACCCUGCAGACAGGCAGUUUAACACCCUGAUCCCCUGGUGUCUGCCCCACACUGGGAACCGCCAUAAUCACUGGGCUGGACUCUACGGCAGAUUGGAAUGGGACGGCUUCUUCAGCACAACUGUCACCAACCCUGAACCCAUGGGCAAGCAGGGCCGUGUUCUGCAUCCUGAGCAGCACAGAGUGGUCAGUGUGAGGGAGUGUGCACGCUCUCAGGGAUUCCCCGACACCUACCGCUUCUUUGGAAACGUCCUGGACAAACACAGACAGGUUGGAAAUGCAGUGCCCCCUCCACUCUCCAGGGCCAUAGGCCUGGAGCUUAAGAAGUGUGUCAUAGAGAGAAUGAAGGAAGAACAGGCAUCAGAGACUGUCAAACAAGAGAUGGAGGUCUCUGAUUAGACCCUUCCCAGCAAGAAUCAGUUCCACAGUUCCUGAUGCCUACAUGUCGCUAUCAUUUCUUUUAAAUACGCUUGCUUUUAACGGUCACGAAGUGGCCACCAUGGACAUUGUGUGCAGUGCCAUUCAAUGUUUUUGUUUCAAUGUGCUUUUUAAUCAUGUUGUUGAAAUGUUCACCUCAUGUGGGAUAAAUUGUAUGUAGUUUUUAUAUGUGUAAUAUUUCAAAUAAAACUUAUGAAAUUGAUAA